UAUGUUCAUAUUUCUUGCAACUAUAUUUAUAGUAGUAGUACAAAGCAUAAAGAGAGGUUCAAGUUGUUGGUAGUAUAAACAAUAGACUGAGGCAGUGAUCGUGUUUUCUGGUUUUGUGAUUCCCUCUUAAAAGGGUAGUAAAAAUGGAAAGCAAACAGGGGAUGUUCAGUUAUGCAGAUGGGAAAGACAAGUUGUUAAUGCUUGCAGGAACAUUAGGAAGCAUCGGAGAUGGACUGCAGGUUCCUCUGAUGAUGUUUGUUCUUAGCGAUGUCAUUAAUAGCUAUGCUAACCCGGAUGCACGCGUCUCCCUUGCUACUGUUAACAAGUUUUCACUGAGGCUGCUCUAUGUUGCGAUUGGAGUUGGACUAUCCGCUUUUGUUGAAGGGCUAUGUUGGGCCAGGACUGCAGACAGACAGACUUCUCGGAUGAGAGUGGAAUACCUGAAAUCUGUUCUCAGACAAGAUGUUGGCUUCUUUGAUACCGAAGCAGCUGAUUCCUCAAUUACUUUCCAAGUUGUAUCGACCAUAUCUUCUGAUUCCAAUACAAUUCAAAUUGCUAUCGGUGAGAAGAUACCUGAUUGCCUAGCAUACAUGGGAUCUUUCUUCUUCUGUCUCAUAUUUGCCUUCACAUUGUCAUGGAGGCUUACGUUGGCUGCUAUUCCGUUCUCUUUAAUGUUCAUUAUUCCUGGUCUUGGAUUUGGUAAAAUGAUGAUGGAUGUGGCAAUGAAGAGUAUCGAAUCUUAUGGGGUUGCUGGUGGGAUUGCAGAACAAGCAAUUUCUUCAAUAAGAACUGUCUAUUCCUAUGUGGGCGAGAACCAAACGCUAGAGAGAUUUAGCCAGGCACUUCAAACAACACUGGAACUGGGAAUAAAACAAGGUUUUGCGCGAGGAUUGAUGAUGGGAAGCAUGGGAAUGAUUUAUAUCAGCUGGGCUUUUCAAGCAUGGAUAGGGUCAAUUCUAGUUACUAGCAGAAAUGAAAAGGGAGGAAACAUCUUUGUUUCUGGCUUUCUUGUUCUCAUGGGAGGAUUGAAUAUUUUGACAGCCCUUCCCAAUCUCACAGCUAUUAGUGAAGGAAAAUCUGCAGCCAUUCGAAUUGGUGAGAUGAUCAACCGAACGCCUUCCAUUGACAAUGAAGACAAGAAAGGGAAAGCUUUAUCCUAUGUGAGAGGAGAGAUUGAAUUUAAAGGCAUCUACUUUAGUUACCCUUCAAGGUCUGAUUCACCAAUCCUACAAGGGUUGAACCUUAAAGUACCUGCUGGCAAAACUGUGGGUCUUGUGGGAGGAAGUGGUUCCGGAAAAUCAACUACUAUUGCAUUGCUUCAAAGAUUUUAUGACCCCAUUGAAGGAGAGAUUCUUUUGGAUGGAUACAAGACAAAAACACUUCAUCUUAAAUGGUUAAGGUCCCAAAUGGGCUUGGUUAAUCAAGAGCCAAUACUUUUUGCAACUUCUAUUAAAGAAAAUAUACUUUUUGGGAAGGAAGGAGCAUCUGAGGAAAAUGUGGUGGAAGCGGCAAAGGGCGCAAAUGCACAUGAUUUCAUUUCAAAACUGCCUGAUGGAUAUGAAACACAAGUUGGGCAAUUUGGUUUUCAGCUAUCUGGAGGACAGAAGCAGAGAAUUGCCAUAGCAAGGGCUUUAAUUCGAGACCCCAAAAUUAUGCUGCUUGAUGAAGCUACAAGUGCAUUGGAUGCAGAGUCUGAACAAAUUGUACAGGAGGCUAUCGAUAAGGCAUCAGCAGGGAGGACAACAAUUGUCAUUGCCCAUCGCCUCUCAACAAUUAGAAGGGCUAAUCUGAUAUUUGUUCUUCAAUCAGGGAAAGUGGCCGAAUCAGGCACACAUGAAGAACUUUUGCGAAAUAAUAAUGGAGAAUAUUUCCAGAUGGUGCAGUUGCAGCAAUCAGCAACACAAAAUGAAUUUACCGGUAACUCAAUUAAUUCAUUGAGUGGAAGAAGCCAAUACAGAACGAGUGUCCCGCCUAGCCCUCUGAGUAUUAGAUCAAGCGCACCAAGCACUCCAGCAUUAAACCCUUUCAGCCCAGCAUUAUCCAUGAGUGCACCUUACUCUGUGCAGUAUGAUGAUGGUUAUGACAGCGACAUGGAUUAUUUUGAAAAAGCAUAUCCUACUCCUUCACAGUUACGCCUAUUGAAGAUGAAUGCUCCAGAAUAUGGAAGAGCGUUACUUGGAUGCAUAGGAGCAAUAGGCUCUGGUGCAGUGCAACCAGUAAACGCUUACUGUGUGGGUGCUCUUUUAUCAGUAUACUUCAACCCUGAUAAAUCAUCCAUCAAAUCUGAUGCAAGAACCUACUCAUUUGCUUUCUUAGGAGUAGGACUUCUGAACUUUGUGACUAGUGUCGUGCAACACUACAACUUUGCAGUCAUGGGAGAAUAUUUGACGAAAAGAGUGAGGGAAAAACUUCUUGAGAAGUUAAUGACUUUUGAAAUUGGUUGGUUUGAUCAAGAUGAGAAUACAAGUGCAGCCAUUUGUGCUCGAAUAUCAACUGAAGCCAACAUGGUUCGCUCCCUUGUUGGGGACCGCAUGUCAUUGUUAACUCAAGCAAUUUUUGGUUCUGCAUUUGCUUAUAUUCUUGGACUUGUGCUCACUUGGAGGCUAGCACUUGUAAUGAUGGCUGCACAGCCGUUUCUUAUCGGGAGUUUUUAUGCUAGAAGUGUGCUGUUAAAGAGUUUAUCUGAAAAAACCCAAAGGGCACAAAAGGAAGGAAGUCAACUAGCAAGUGAAGCUGUUAUCAACCAUAGGACUAUAACUGCUUUCUCUUCUCAAAAGAGAAUACUCGGGCUCUUUAAAGCAAGCUUGGAAGCCCCGAGAAAGGAGAGUAUCAAACAGUCUUAUUAUUCAGGUAUUGGCCUGUUUAGCACCCAAUUUCUGGCAGCAGCUUCUACGGCUUUGGCAUACUGGUAUGGGGGGAGGCUGCUAGAACAAAACCUGAUAAAAGCUAAGGAACUUUUCCAAGCUUUUCUGGUAUUGCUUUUUACUGCAUACACAAUUGCAGAGGCAGGGAGCAUGACAAAAGAUAUAUCCAGAGGAAACAAUGCAGUUCGUUCACUUUUUUCAGUUUUAGACAGGUACACUGAAAUAGAUCCGCUCAAACCUGGAGUCGAUGCAGGGAAAAAAAGUAUGAAGGGCCGCGUAGAACUGAAAAAUGUUUUCUUUGCCUAUCCAGCAAGACCUGAUCAAAUGAUCUUUAAUGGCUUGAACCUUAAGAUCAGAGCUGGAAAUACAGUAGCACUAGUGGGGCAGAGUGGUUCUGGAAAAUCCACUAUUAUUGGACUCAUUGAGAGAUUUUAUGACCCGCUAAAAGGGUCAGUACAUAUCGAUGAACGUGACAUAAAGGACUACAGCUUGAGGACACUGAGGGCACAAAUUGCAUUAGUCAGUCAAGAGCCAACCCUUUUCGCAGGAAGCAUCUAUGACAACAUUGCUUAUGGGACUCCGGAUGCUACAGACUCGGAGAUAAGAGAUGCUGCAAAGCUUGCCAAUGCACAUGAAUUUAUAAGUGGAAUGAAAGAUGGAUACAAUACAUAUUGCGGAGACAGAGGAGCUCAGCUAUCUGGAGGUCAGAAACAAAGAGUGGCAUUAGCACGUGCAAUAUUAAAGAACCCGUCCAUCCUGUUGCUAGAUGAAGCAACCAGCGCUCUUGAUAGCGUCUCAGAGAGUUUAGUCCAAGAAGCGCUUGAGAAGAUGAUGAAUGGUCGUACAUGUAUCGUGGUGGCUCAUCGUCUGUCCACAAUACAGAAAUCUAAUUCGAUUGCUGUGAUCAAGGAAGGCAAAGUGGUAGAGGAAGGUUCACAUUCUGAUCUUCUGUCAAUUCGCGGUGGAGCAUAUCACGCUUUGGUUCAACUACAAGGUAACAAUGCCUCCAACAGGUAAAGUAGUUUACAUUGGGUGUAAGUAUGUUGUUACUCUGCUCAUGCAUCCUUUAUGUAAUGUAUAUCAAUUGAAUUUUUGUAAAGUAGAAAAGAGAACUGGCUAUAACACGACGUGUUCAUGAAAUGCCAGAGCUAUGCUUAAUUUGUAUUUGUAUUUGUAAUCAUUCUAGCAUCACCAAUGUAUGAAUACUAGGUGACUGUCAUGAUUUUGAUAACAGGUUGCAGUGUAAGAUAAGAACUUGCAUAGUUGCAUAAAUAA